AAGCAGUUACGAUAUUCAAAUGUUUUACUUUUUCUGGACCUCUCCGCCAAUCUUUUCUCCAAUUUUCCCUCUUCUGUGUUCCACUCUCACACACACACAACUCACGUUUCUUCACCAGCAAAUAGCAAUGAAUGAUAGUGACAACCACAUCUUCGAAUUUGAACGCUCCAAACCCUAGAGUUAAUUCAACAUUUGAAUUUUUUGAAUUUUCCCUUCUCCAAUGGCCACCGCAGCAUUCAAAUCCACCACCAAGAGAACCCCCGUAGGCGCUUCCUCCACUUCCUCCGCCGAAGACUCUGCCUCCUCCUCCCUCCACCACCGCCGUUCUCGCAGUCUCAGCCGUCCCUCCCGCCACUCCUUCCCUUCUCGCAACGACAACGACGACGACAAUCGCCACGCUCCUAUAGGCAGGUUCGUCAACACCGUCAGAGGCUCCGGCUUCCCUGAGAUCAGCCUCGACGAUCUCGCCAUCGAGUUUUUCGAAUCCGCCAAUCGCGGUCGCCUUGGUUCCAGAGUCUCCGAGUCUGAGGCCACUCCCGCCGGCGCUGCUGCGUUGCAUAGGCGAGGUAGGUCAGUUUCGAGGAAGAGCUCUGGCGUUGGCGAUGAAAGAAGGAGCAGUGUCAGCGGCGGUGGAAGACCGUUCUCCGAUGCUAAUUCGAGAAGAAGGAGAUCGCUAUCGGUGGUUCGGUACCAAAUUAGCGAUUCUGAGAGUGACCUGGAUCAUUCUCAGAACUCUAGAAGUCGUUCAAAUCUGAAAAAUACUGAUAUUGGGGCCAAGCCAAUGCACAAGCCUGUGGCUUCAAAUCAAAGACCAGUGCUGAGAAAGUCCCUAAGCCAGAAGGAUUUGAGGUCAUAUGAUGGCUACUCUAGCCAUUCUUCAGUUCUCACUGAUGAUGAAGGAGCAAGUGCUCACUUUAAUAAAAAUGGAAUUGAGAAACUUCAAACAGUUUAUACACAGAAGAAGGUGGCACUUAGUGACAUGGAUAAAGGAUUGCACAAAGCAAUGCAGAAAGAAUUAAGGCACAUGGAAACUUCGCAAGCUGUGGUGAAACCAAGGAUCUCUACUUUAUCUGCAGUUGAUCGCUUGUUAUCAAACAAAUCUGAUGCUAUUCAGGCUGUUUCUUCAAUCAGAAGGAACUAUGAAACUGAACUGGAACAGUCAGAAAAGCGAAAGCAAGAUUUAUUAGCUGAAAUAGUGUUUGAGGAGCAGCGAGGCAGAGAACUUUCUCAGAUUGUUAAAGAAUUGAUUCCUGCUAAGGAGGAUAAUCCUAUACAAAAACCAUCAAGAACCAGGAAGAGAAGUAACGACAGAAGCCGGAUGUCUAUGCGGUUGACUGAGGAGGCUGAGAAAUAUAUUGAGGAUUUUAUUUCAAAUGUUGAAGAUACAGAUAUUUCAUCACUUGAUGGAGAAAGGAGUGAUGCAAGCUCAUCAAUUGGAGGACUAAUAAAAGCAGAAACAUUUAAUAGUCCUCCAGUGCCUAGACCUCUUCCUGUUUUGACGGAUGGGGUUACAUUACCAUGGCUACAAUGGGAGACAAGUAAUGAUGCGUCUGUAACAAGCCCGAAUAAGGCACAUAUGACACUGACUCCGAAAACUGCAAGUUCUACUCAGGAAAUCAUGAAAGUACAAGACCCAAGUAACAAUUCUGUCAGCAGUCGUGGAAGCUGGAGCCCUGAUUAUCUUCAGGAAUAUGUUGGAAAGGAGGUUUACAGUAAAUUUGGAGAAGUUUAUGAUUACCCGGAGCAGUCAUUCUCAGCUAAUUCUAAAGGGUUGAGGUAUGAUAUGGAUGAUUACCUCAAUGUUAAAAGCAAUGAAAACUUUCUGAUUGAGUGUUGGAAGCAACGGCAAAGAAUUAAUUCAGGCACUCUUACAUUAUGUAGCCUAAGAUUAUUCUAGACACGAUCUGUUUCUGUAGAAUGACCAUUCCUUCCCCCCUGGUAAGAAUUAUAUGUACAGAUAAUUACAAUUCAUCUAAUUAUGUUACCAUAUAUAAGUUGAUGAAUGAUAAGUAUAAUGUGCGCAAGCUUUUUUUUCGGGAUAAAAAUGUCACAAUGUAUUUAU